UCAGCAGCUCUGUUUGCACAGGCAAUUCCACCAGCACUAGCUCCAAUGACCAAGAAAUCAAACUUGGCGACUCCUUUAGGUCCUGCCGCAGCAGGAUAGACUCCUGCAGCUGCACCAUUGUUUGCUUCUCCCUUUACUUUAACCUUUGACAUUCUCCCGACUUGCUCGCCUGCAGCAAUCCCAGUCAUUCCAUCCAUUACAGUCCCCACCACGACAUCAAAGAUGUCUCCAGAAACAGAUUUUGACUUGCCUUCAACUAAGGUAUUGACAGCGGCCACCGUGCCUGCUGGGCGAAACUCCUCGUGUACGGCAGAGUCGAUACCCGUGGUUAGGCCAUCCACGAGCAAGCCUCCGGCAGCUCCGCCAACGGCGGCUCCGGGAGGACCGCCGACAACGAACCCUACCACACCUCCUCCAAUGACGCCG